AUGGACAAACUAAAUCAACUUCAGCUCACAAGAGCGAAAUGCCUAGUCGAAAAUAUCCUAGGCAUCCAUUCUCAACAAUCCUUGCCAGAUAAGGACGUGGGUUACGUGCUCAACGCAGUUUUUUGCGCCAAUGGCACUGCAGGUAAAACGGUUAUUGACCGGGGCCCUUCUGAACCGAGUGGUUUUGCCGCCAAAUGGCACCAAAAUAAGUUAUGGCCAGAAGCCAAUACGCUCCUUACUGCGUACAUUCCUGGCACAAAGAUGGUUUUCCCUGGUCUGAAGAAGCCCCAGGACCGAGCUGAUCUUAUUGCCUAUCUCAAGGAUUCUACGGCUCCUUGA